AUGUCCUCGCCAGCCCACCGUAUACUCACCGCUGAGCGGGUGGACUUCGAAAUACGUGAUGGGUUUUUUGUUGCUUCGACAGCGCCAGGGCCAGCAGGUCAUGAUGCUGUUGCUAGGACAGAACCGAUGCGUCAAUCCCUGCCCAUUUCCGAAAGAUCAGAUUCCCCUCCGAUGCGAGCACAGGUGGAUUAUGGAUUGUUCGACGAACGGCAUGAAGCCCUUCAUGUCGGAAGCUACGUUGGAAACCGCACCGACGAGCUUUUUGCCCACCUUGCCAAGAUAUUUCUCAUUGGCGUCAUCCAAAACCGCAGCAUUGCCGACUUUAUGUUCUUCUGCUCUGACGACAUGCGGAUGAUUGUCAAUUUGGAUGGCACCCGUGGAAGAUUCCGCACCCCCGUGGAGAUCAUCGGCUUCUUCCACAACUUCAAACAAAAAACUCGAUACACAAACAUCACAUACGACCGGGGCCGCGUGUUCUGCAAUGUGGAUAUUACAGACGAUGAUCAUGAGUGGACCGAUGGACACAUUCGCAAGAUAGUUGUGAUUUUGGACAUCUCUCGGAAUCUAAUCAACAGAGCCGAACUGAAAGAUGUGAAUGACAGAGUUGGCCCGGAGGGUUGGGAACCGGUUGGUAUUGUACGCGGUACCAGUACGGUUGUCUGA